AGCAUCACUAGCGUUCCAAGGAGCAAGGUGAAACUCAGCAACCUGAACAGCCCAUGUACCAAGCAUAUAGCUAUCUCUGCUCACAAGGCAAUGUGCCUCUAUGUAGCCACAGUUAACAGCUUUCCUUCAGCUUUUGACAGGGAGGAGCUCUGCUGGGACCUACUGGUGUCUAGCACUAGGGACAACGAGGUGUUGUGGGAGAAGAUGGUGCUCAUUCAAAGCGAUGAUGACUUGAAAGCUUACUUGAUAGACUAUACUUGGAAGGCUGCUGGCCAACUCAGAGGGGAGUUUGCCUCCAAAGCCCACAUCAGUGUCCCCAGUACCUAUGGAAUAGGAGAGCUAAAGCAUGAGGAGUUGGAGAAUGCUCUCAAGUGGUUGUUGGAGGAGGUGAGAUUCAUACACGCCGGAAUUGAUGUCAAGGUAAGUGUCCUGUCUAUUGAAAGGCUUUAG